ACCGGAAAUCGAACUCUCUGUCAGUGACGCCAGUCAUUUCCCGUUAACAUGUCCUCUGGUUUCCAGCGAUCCAGAAGCUUGCAAAGUUGCUUUUAUUGUAUGUAACUACGGACUACUUGAUUUCUUCAAAAGUACAGUCCAACAUACGAUCAAGGCUGAUUCGAAAAAAAGUGUGAACGAAAGUUGGUGUAACACUGUGAAAGGCCUUGCUUGCGCCCAGACAUUGCGCAACUUGUUUGUGACGAAGAUAAGCCUGACAUUUUUUGCACCGACUAGUACACUUCGCCCCGGAAGCUUCAAGGAGAAGAACAAAGUUGAUGGGUAUGGUGAAGGUGAAAUCUCUUCAGAAGAAACAGAUGUCCCGUGCAAGGCCUCUUGGCAAGGGGUAUCCCGGAGUACCAUCAAUGCUUGGAAUUUUGCCGAUCCAUCUUCUCUUAGCAACGGUGCGUUCAUCCGCUUGGUAGCAGAUGACACGAGAGUUCAUCUGAGCCAAUCUGUGCCCAGUGGCACAACAAAAUCAAAACCAGG